GCACUGGAGAUGCCCAGAGGAACAUUGCACUUUGAUAAGCUGUCAACCAUGACAGAUGGGCUCUAGCAACCAAAGCAAUCCAGCUGUUAUUGUCGCUAAAAUAGGCUCCCUUUAAGUAAAAACUUGAGUCCCUCUAAAGAAUGGAGACCACCUGUAUAACUGGGCUUCUUCACCUGAAGAUAAGCGUGAAGGAAGAGGAUCCCCUCAGCGGUGUCAUGGAGCUGCUGAGGAUUCUCAGGCCUCAGUGGAGGGCAGAGGACAUUAAGACUAAGGUUUUCACAGAGGGCAUCACCAACCAGUUGAUGGGCUGUUACACAGGCUGCCUGCGGUCAUCGGAGGAUGUGGUGCUGGUGAGAGUGUAUGGCAACAUGACAGACCUCUAUCUGGACCGGCGCAAGGAGAUGGAGAUGUUUCAGAUCCUCCAUGAACACGGCUGUGGCCCCAAACUCUACUGCAGCUUUGACAACGGCAUUUGUUACGAGUUUUUGCAUGGCAUGGUGCUGGAUGACCCACUGCUGAGACAGCCUGACAUUUACAGACUCAUUGCUGAGGAAAUGGCAAAGAUCCACAGCAUCAAGCCAAGGACAAGCUCUCCCCCUCAGGUUGUCCUCUGGACAAAAAUGUCUCAGUUCCUUCAGCUCGUUCAGGAAGCUGAGAAUGAGACGCCAAUACUAAGGUCUCUGUGUGUAGCAGAGGUAGCCAGUAUGGAGGCUCUGAAGGGUGAGAUAAACGAGUUAAGAAGACGGCUCGGUCAGGUCUACUCUCCGACUGUGCUGUGUCACAAUGACCUUCUAACAAAGAACAUCAUCUACAAUGACACAAAAGGCUCUGUGAAAUUCAUCGAUUAUGAAUAUGCAGAUUUUAACUAUCAGGCCUUUGAUAUCGCCAACCAUUUCAAUGAAUUUGCAGGAGUGACCACCAUAGACUACGAUCUGUACCCUAGCGCGGAGCUCCAGCUGAACUGGCUGACCUCUUACCUGCGGAGCUCUCGGACCGGCUCCAGCACGGACAGCACCGUCUCAGAGCAGGACGUAAAGAGCCUGUACAUCGCCGUGUGCAAGUUUUCUCUGGCCUCUCAUUUCUUCUGGGGCUUAUGGGCCAUUAUUCAGGCCAGAUAUUCAACUAUCGAUUUUGACUUCAUCAAAUAUGCCAAUGCCAGAUUUAAGCGUUACUUUGAAAAAAAGGAGGAGUACUUCGGAAUGUAAAACACCAGUAUGCAUAGAGGCUUCAGUGAGCUACCAAAUACAAUGGAAAAUAUCAUUUUAAUGCUUGUGUUAUACAGUGUUUGCACUCAUUUUAUGCUAAGGAAUUUCUCUCAGUUGGUCAGCAAUAAACUUUCCAUCCCUUCAUUGCAUAAUUUCUAAUGGAGAAUGGGAUAGGCUACAGCCUUGUUUUGGAUUGUUAGACAGUUACACAAACUGUACAAACAUAUGACAAAAUAACGUUGUGUAUGGACUGGAUAGGGCCCAGGGAUCUUUUGUAAAUAAACAAAUACAUUUAAA